GCUAGUAGGGUAAGUAGUGAGAGAAUUUGACAGCUGUAUGUAAACAUACAAAAGUGAACUUAUAAGAGGUUAUUAGAUAUGUGUAAUUUAAUAAAAAAUUAACUAACAAUAAGAAUUUACUUAAAGUUUAAUAAUAUUUCAAGCUAUAUAUUUGUGUAAAUAGUGUGGACGCUAACAUAUGAAUGGUAAACGUAAAGUUUUAUGGAAGGCGGAUUUAUAAAAAAAGUGGAUAUUGAAUAAAUGUGACUGUUAUUAUUUAGAAUCUUAGAGCAGUUCUAUUAGAGUAAUAAAAAAAUACGAGUAAACAUAAAUAAUUGAGGCUACAAUAUAAGUAAAUUAUUACAAUAAAAAUGUCUAAAAAAUCUAAAAGUAUUAUACCAGAUGUAAAUAAUUCACAAGUUAUAUCAAAUACAGUAGCAAGAACAGCUAGCAAAAAAAGUGUGGAUAAAGCUCUAGAGCUAAUCCGGAGCAGAACAUUUAAAAAGUCAAUAAAGAGACAAGCUGAUGAAGAAGAUGAAAUAGAUCAUCCAAUAAAUAAGUGUUGCAUAAUGAGUUAUACUACUUCAUUAAUGCGAAUUAAUAUGUCUUCAGCAUUUACAUAUAAUUUUUCUCCAACUGAAUUAAGAAAUGCUUUAAGAAGUCAAGAUUGGAUAUCCAUACAGCAGUUAUUUGUAAUUUUAUUAAAAUGUUUCUAUAUUGAAACAUUAGCAUGGAAAUAUGCAUUUUUAAUUUUUUUAUCAAGUCCAGCUAGUGAUCAAUCAGAAUUUCAAGAAUUUAUCAAAAUGUGUAUUGGUAUCAAUUCUCCUAGUGAUGGACAUUUCUUAGAACAAUUAUUAUCACUACAAACUAAAGUUCUGACUGAUAAAUAAGUAAAUUCAUUUAAGUAGUAUGUUGUGAUAAAUUUUUUUACCAAAAACUUUUCUUUUUUUUUUUUCUCAAUAAAUGUAUGGAGUUGACUGCAAUUUAUUUAUUCAAUCAUACAUAAAUUAAUUAUUAUAGAUAGUAAUUUUUUAUAAUAAAUAAUUAUUAUGACUUUAUAUAUUUUUAUAUAAUUAUGAAUGUUUAGAUAUUGCAUACUAUUUACAUGAUCUUUAUAUUGAAGUUAUAAUAAAUAUAAAAUAUGUUAUUUUAGUUUGAAAAUACAUGAGACAAUGAAAAAUCAUUUAUUUUACACGAAA